CUGAAAAAGCUCAACCAAAGAAAUAUAAAGGUAUCACUUAAUAAACCGACAUGUAAAAGAGAAUAUUACAUAUUUAGCUACUUCUAUAAUACUUAUUUUUAUUGAUUUAAGGUAAUAACACUUUGGUUGGUGUGAAAUUCUGCAAUAUUUUCCAGCAGUUAUAUUUCUGGCAACACACCAUAAUGAACGUCCCAUUCAGAUCGGUAAACAAUCUCAAAGUCUCAAGAAAUAUACCGGAAUACUUGAAGUUCUUUGUCUAUGCAAUAAAUGCAAAUGGUACUUUUUGGCGUAAUACCGAAUUAGUAAAGUCGUACUUAGAAAAAGAUGGACACAAAAAUUACUAUGUUAAUAAUUUCAUUAAUUACCUACAAGGAAUGUUCAACACCUUGACUUUAUGGGAAUUACAGGUUUUAAGGUAUAAUGGUUACUUCAAUAAAAUUACUAACGUUCUUACUGCAUCACUUGCAUUUUCCUAUGUAUCAUAAUUCUUUUCCUUUUUAACGUUUAGAUCUGCUGAACUAUCUUCAUUACAGAAUUUUGACUCACCACAAAAUGUAUUGGUUGGGCAACAGAUUAUGUGCUAUGAAACGUUUAAAAGUAGUAUCACUGAAUUACGUAACGAUCAACAGAUCCAGUAUCCAUUCCUGUUAAUAACAGGAAAACCUGGCACAGGAAAAUCGGAAGUAUUAAAACACAUGAUUGAACAUGCUGUGAAAGAAGACUGCGAAACUUUAGUUGUUUGUCCCACUGGAUACCUGACGUGCUCGUAUCAAGCUAUAUUUGGUCCUAGCAUAAAAUGCGAUACAGUUCAUUCGUCCUUUUACAUCCCUGUGAAUAAGGAAUAUAACGCAACUAUGAACUGGAAUUUAUGCUAUUAUCAUGUAAUUAUAAUUGAUGAGGUAAUUUUUUUAAAACAUUGUCAUUACUAUGUUAACAUUACAAAAUGCACAUCUUUAUCUCAGUCUAUUUAUAUUUUAGGUAAGUCAAAUCCCUCUUGCGUUCGUAAACCAUAUCGUUCAAAGCAUCUUGUCUUUGCCGAGACCCCCAGUCGUCGUUUUUUGCGGUGACGGGCAACAACAACAACCUGUCGGGACAGAAGGAGAGGAGAAAAAUCUUUUGCAAGAUCAGACGUUAAGGAAAAUGUGUGUUCCUUUUAACUUGACAGAACAGCACCGGUGUUGCGAUAAAAA